AUGCAAGCACAACCGAAAAAAUACAUACCCCAGGCGGGUACCGGUGCUGGGAAUACUGGCGCCGGAGAAUCCCGCCCCCUGGAGGCUACGGCCGAUGAUAGGGGCUGCCCCUCGUAUUCUGGGGGGGGCAAAGUUCUGCUUAAUUGUUACAAGCAAUUUGCCAGGUCCACCUCGUAUUCUGGGGAAGGCCAAGGAUCGCCUAACAUGGAAACACAAGACACACAAGCACAUAUACCACUCUCAGAAGAUGCAACCUCACACAUUCGGGUUGAGACUACAGUAGCUGAUGAUUUCACACGGGGGCUCCACUUGGGAAGAGACAUAAAUGUGCCAAAAUCUGCAACACCAGGAGACAGUGGAGCGAACCCUUUUGUCAGAGGAGGAGCUGUAAAAAGAUCGCCGCCAACUAAAAAUAAUGAUAUUAAUACACAGUCACAAAUAGAGACCACAGAGAGUAAUCUUAGUAAUUUAACUACGGAAGUACAGAGAACGCGUGCACCAAGACAUCACGAAAGAAGAGGCUCACUAGGGUCUGCCGAGGGUCUAUUCAAAGCUUGCACUACAAGGAUAAGAUCUGCAGGUAAACGACUUAGAAAUGAAGAAGACGACGAAGAUGAUACACAGACAGAGAUAAUGAAAGCAAUUUCAAGGCUUACAAAAAUAACAGCUGGCCUAGUGAAAAUUGUUGGAGAAAAUGCUAAUACAAGAAGCGAAAUCAAAAUUGGUGUAAGGGAUCUCAAAGGAAACAUAGAAUACCUGAAUAAAAUGACAAGGUAUUGGGAAGACUCUCUUCAAAAACCCACCAAAACUAGAGCACUCUCUAAAAACUCAAGAGACGUUGAAAUACAAACGACAGACGUUGAAAAAGAUGAAGAAUAUUUAAAAAAAGAAAUUGCGAUACAAACUGAUGACGAUAUAAGUGAAAACAAAGACAAUUCGGAGACAAGAAAAAAAGAAAUAAACCUUAAAGAAAAGAUACAAAAAUGUAAUGAUAUACGCAGCCUUACUGAGAUAAUCGACCAAGAAUGGCCAGAAGAAUCGUUUCGAACUGUGAAGAUCGAAAAAGGCAACCCACUCUCACUAAAUAAGGACUGGGAUCUUGUGGUAAUCGCUAGGCCCAAACCUAGUGAAAAUCACAAACACCAAGGAAUCAGGAAAUUACUCAAAACGGCGCAUCCAGAAGCGCUUGAACUACUUGACAAUUGUGAGGCUCCAACAGUAGAAUAUACAAUCCAAACAAGCACAAGCUCAAAAAAGGGAAUAGCGGAAAAUGAGAAAUGGAUUUAUGUCCUCCCAUAUACGCAAAGUACCGAAAAGACCAAAGAAGUGGAAUAUGUAUACAGACUUAUUCAAGAACUUACUAAUGUGUUUAAAGAACACGGAAGAACAAAAAAUGUAGCUAUAGCGGCGGAUAAAGAAAUCAACAAAAACCAUUUAAGGAAGAUUCUUGAAAAACUUAUGGCAGAGUUUGACUUUAAAAUAAAACUGCUAGUGGAGGCAGAAGAUAUUCGCAAAGGAAAACCAAACUACGGGAAGGGUAAAGGUACUGAAACUCUAAUAGUCAAAGCAGAGGGUUCCUAUGCCGACAUUCUUAAGAAGAUGAAAGCCAAUGUCACUGUAACCGACAUGAAACAAAUAGGAGUAGAGGUUAAAUCUGUGAGGAAAUCUAAUGAUGGAAAAGUGCUUAUGAGGGUGGCAGGGAACGCAGAAGCGCUUAGGAAUAAAUUACAAGGCACUUUAGAAUGCGCAGAAGUAGGCAUAGGCAGAGAAACAAUAUUCCACAUAACAGGCCUAGAUGAAGAUAUAUCAACAGAGGAGCUGAAAACAGCAUUAGAGACUGAAUUAAAAGUACCAGUGCAAGUCAAAUCUAUACGCCCGACACAAUAUGGGUCCAAAACAGCUACAGUUUCAAUGAGUCCAAUUUCUGCUAAGAAUCUGUCAAAUGUUAGUGUGAUAAAUAUUGGUUGGACAAGAUGCAGACUUAGGAAAAGAGUUUACGUGGAAAAAUGUUAUAAAUGUUGGGAGACAGGCCACAGAGCAGCAAAAUGCAACGGACCUGAUAGGAGCAACUGUUGUAGACAGUGCAGUCGAGUCGGACACAAAGCGGAUAGCUGCACUUCUACACCUUUUUGUCCACACUGUGAUGUCUUAGGUCAUAAAGCUGCUACUACAGGUUGCCCAAAAUUCAGAGGUGCCAUAAAUGAAGCCGGACAAACUCCUCACGACCUUCUCUUACCCACGGUCAGAAACCAUGGCAUAGACCUAGUAAUACUAGCAGAACCGAACAAUAAAUAUGCUGAAGCUGGGGGCUGGGAGAGAGAUCGGAGAGAAGACGCAGCAAUAAUUGUAUACAACAAAGCCCUUACAGUGGGAGCUACCAUACGAGGAAAUGGUUUCAUUGGCUUUCGAUUUGCACAAUUCACGGUGUACAGCUGCUACAUAUCCCCUAAUUGUUCCUUUGACCAAUUUCGGCAAGAUCUUGAGGAACUUAGUGCCAGCGUGCGUCUUCAGCGAGGAAAAGUUCUUGUUGCUGGGGACUUUAACGCUGCAUCGACCAUAUGGGGCAGCAAGACUACAAAUAAAAGAGGACAACACCUAAUGGACAUAAUUGCUGACCUGGAUCUAAGCGUGGCAAAUACUGGAAAUACACCAACAUUCGAAAGAGGUGGCAAAAAUUCAAGACCAGACAUAACAAUGGCGAAUUCAAAUCUAGCUGGCAUGAUUACAGGCUGGGAAGUUCUUGAUGAAGAAUCUGCCAGUGGCCAUAAAUACAUAACCUACAGUAUCGGAGAAAAAAUACCUGGAACCGAAUCACGCCCAAUUGGAUGGAACUUCAACAAAAUUGAUAAAGAAAAGUUCGAAAACACGUUAAUAAGUGAACCUAUACGAACUCCUUUUGAGCUAGUCUCUGCAACAACCAAAGCCUGCAAUCAAGCCAUGCCUAAAAGAAAAGCUAGACGAAAAAAACCUGUCUACUGGUGGAAUAACGAAAUUAACAUAGCUAGGAAACAAUGCCUGGAAUCUAGAAGAGCUUACACUAGAGCAAACUCGAAGAUAAACAAGCAAAGAUCAGAAGAGGAUAGACUAAACCAAAUUCGAGCCAGUGAAGAAGCUAGAAAUAGAUAUAAAACAGCUAAACUAGAGCUGCAAGGCCUCAUUUUAAAAUCUAAGGGAGAACAAUGGAAAAAAGUUGGUGAUGAGGUAGACAACGACCCUUGGGGCUUGGGAUACAAAAUAGUUACCAAAAAGAUCAACCGUUCUUCGCCAACUCCCAUAAGCUUGCAAAGAAUGAAGGACAUCACGGCUGUAUUAUUCCCUACACAUGACGACUUCACAAGGACCACUGGCGUAGUUGAUCAGGUACCAAGGAUUACUGACGAUGAACUGGCGAUGGCCUGCGAUCGGAUCAAAUCCAGAAAAGCGCCAGGACCUGAUGAAAUUGCGCCAGAAAUAGUUAAAUUAGCAAGUAAGGUGAUUCCCGACCAAUUGAGAGACGUCAUGAAUGGUAUUUUCCUAAGUGGAGAAUUUCCAGAUAUAUGGAAAACUGCUAGACUAAUCCUCCUACGGAAACAUAACAAAUCAGCAGACGAACCAUCAGGGUAUAGGCCUCUCUGUCUUCUGGACUGCUAUGGAAAGCUAUUGGAGAGGAUACUGCUAAAUCGAAUAGAGCAAUUGCUACCAAAGCAUGGUGGAUUAGCGAAGGACCAAUUUGGGUUUAGAAGUGGCCGGUCAACAUUAGACGCCAUCGAAAGAGUAAAAGCCAUAGCGCUAGCGGCAAAGCAAGGAUCGCAACGUACCAGAAAGCUCUGCACACUUGUUGCCCUAGACGUAAGAAAUGCUUUUAACUCCGCUCCAUGGAUCCUAAUACUGGAGGAAUUUAAGAGGCGAAAAUUCCCAGAUUACGUCAUCAACCUCAUAAGCAGCUACUUGAAUCAAAGAAACAUCAUAAUAACGGACGCUGCAGGAUCAUCAGAGACGAUCCGGGUGACAAGUGGAGUUCCCCAGGGCUCAAUUCUUGGACCAACGCUGUGGAACAUAUUGUAUGAUGGAGUUUUCAAAUUAGAUCUUGGCGAUGAGGCACGUCUAGUGGGUUUCGCGGAUGACUUGGCUUUGGUUGUAGCCGCCAGAACUGAUCAACUACUGAUGAAAAGGACCAACAGGGCACUGGACAUAAUCAACAAGUGGAUGAUCGGGAAGCAUCUAAAACUGGCACCGGAAAAGACCGAAGCCAUAAUGCUAAGUGGCAGGAAAAGGCAUGGCCCACUCACUUUUAACAUAGAUGGGGUAGAAAUAAAACCAUGUGACAAACUCAGAUACCUCGGAGUAUGGCUAGAUAGAAGCCUGAGGUUUGACAAACAUGUGGUGCAAACAGCUGAGAAGGCAGAAAAGCUAGCGGCAGCCCUUACCCAGUUAAUGCCCAGAAAAGGCGGACCAAGAGCCAGCAAAAGGCGGCUCCUCGCAUCAGUGGCACACUCUGUCAUGCUGUAUGGGGCACCUGUUUGGAGCCAAGCACUUCAAGUGACUAAAUAUAAUAAUGUGCUUGGAAGAACGCAGCGACGCCUGGCUAUCCGUAUAUGUGGAGCAUACCGAACAGUAUCUAAAGAAGCUGUGCUAGUGAUAGCAGGAUUGAUACCUAUCGACAAAUUAGCUACAGAAAGAGCAAGGCUAUACAAAAGGGAGGCCAAAAGAACUCCGAAGGAGGAGAGAAAAAGAACACUCCAAGAAUGGUCAACAGAAUGGCUUGAAAGUGGGAAAGGGCAAUGGACCAGGGAUUUGAUUCAAGACUUAGUGAAAUGGGUUGAACGAAAACAUGGAGAGGUGGAUAAGCUGAUAACACAAGCAUUAACCGGACAUGGAGUAUUUAAUACUUACUUGCACGCGAUAGGCAAAGCAAACAGUGAAUGUUGCACAUAUUGCGGAGAAGUAGACACGCCCAACCACGCAAUCUUUGAGUGCAUGGAGUUCGAAGGGGAAAGAAGUAACGCACGCCAAGGCGGUGAACCUCUGACAAAAGCAAACUUAGUGCCAUAUAUGUUGGAGAACAAGGAAGCCUGGGCUAACGGGGCGAAAAUGCUGCAUUACAUUAUGGGACGACGCGUGAGAGACGAAUGGGAUCGCCAGAAAGAAAAUAUCGAAGCGUGA